AUGUCCGCACAGACCAGCAACGACCACUUCAAGCUGGAGAACCUCUUCGGCGUCAAGGGCAAGGUCGCCCUCGUGACCGGCGGCGGCUCCGGAAUCGGCCUCAUGGCCACGCAGGCCCUCGCGAAGAACGGCGCCAAGGUCUACAUCACCGGCCGGACGUCCGAGAAACUCGACCGUGUCGCCGAGCUCUACAACAAGAACAUCGAGGGCCAGAUCAUCCCGCUAACCGCGGACGUCACGGACAAGGACUCCAUCCGCAAGCUCGUCAAGGAGCUCGAGAGCAAGGAGAAGGUGCUGAACAUCCUGAUCAACAACGCCGGCGUCUCCAGCGCAACACAAGACACAGACCAGAAAACCCCCAAGGACCUGCAGAAGGCGCUCUUCGACGACCCCAGCUCCUCCAUGGAAGAGUGGGACAAGACCUACCGCACCAACGUGGUGCACUGCUUCUUCACGACGACCGCCUUCCUCCCGCUCCUGCAAAAGGGCACGGACGCCGAGCGCGCCUGGUCCUCCACCGUCAUCAACAUCUCCUCCAUCUCCGGCAUCGUCAAGGCCUCCCAGCACCACUUCCAGUAUAACGCGUCCAAGGCGGCUACCAUCCACCUGACCAAGAUGCUUGCGCACGAGAUCGCCAGCUCGGGGCUUAAGAUCCGCAUCAACAACAUCGCACCGGGUGUCUUCCCGUCUGAGAUGACGGCCAGCGAGAGCGACGACAAGCAGAAGAGUACGCUGCCCAAGGAGAAGUUCGAGGGGAAGGUCCCUGCUGGGCGACCCGGGAAGGACGAGGAUAUGGCGGCCACGGUGCUUUUUACGGCGACAAACCAGUACCUCAAUGGGCAGACUAUCGUUGUUGAUGGUGGGUAUGUGCUCUCGACUGGGUCGGUUUAA